CAUAUCAAAUUAUCUUAAAUUAUGUUAGAGAGCCAAACCUCAAACUGAGAUGUGACAUACCAAAGAGGCAUCUACAACUAUUAUGGGUUGGUAAAAAACGAUCAAGGACCAUUUAUCUUAAAUCCCUCUCAUUACAUUUCACUUAAACCUUAACAAACAAAGUGAUUAAGAUGAUAAGUAAGGAAAAUAAAGGAACAGCAAUGCUAUCUCGCCAUACCCCACCACGUCGUCGCAAUUACGGUGGAAAUUAGCAAAUUCGACAUGGUUUUUAUCAUUAGGCGACUAUUAUUUACCUAUCAAAUAUAAUUCAUUCCGUACGUUAGCUGCACUCGUUACCUGCAUUCUGUUGGUUAUUUGAGAUGACAUCAAACGCGGAGAAAUUUGGUCAGGAUAAUCCAGGGUUUCAAAUCGAAAACGGAGAAAAUGGCAGGGCGACAAAGGAUUCAGAAACGAAAAUCAAAGUCGACGGUAUCGAAACUGAAAGAGCGCAAUGGGGAAAUGGGUUGGAGUUUCUCAUGUCGUGCAUCGCUAUGUCGGUAGGUUUGGGGAACAUAUGGAGAUUUCCGUUUACGGCGUAUGAAAAUGGCGGGGGAGCUUUUCUGAUACCUUACAUUGUUGUGCUGAUAGUAAUUGGGCGUCCUUUGUAUUACUUGGAGAUGGCACUAGGACAGUUUACAAGCAGAGGGAACGUCCAGUCAUUUUCAAGCUUGAGCCCCGCAAUUAAAGGAAUAGGGUAUGGUCAACUGCUGGGCAGUACUUGUAUAGCCACCUACUACUGUUCACUAAUGGCGUUGACAUUAUUCUAUCUUGUAAGUUCAUUUACUUCUGAUCUUCCUUGGUCACACUGUAAAGUGGAGUGGGAAACGGAAAAUUCUCAAAGAAAUGUCACAUGCGUUUCAUCCAAGGAUACGGAGAGUGUGACUGGUCGGAACAAGAUUAGUUCUUCCGAACUGUGGUUUACAAAGGAAGUGUUGAAAGAAAAGGAGCAGAUUAAUGAUGGAGUAGGUCCUCCCGAAUGGAGACUCACACUGUGCCUGCUAGUAGCCUGGUUUUUAACUUUUGCGGUUUCCGUCAAGGGAGUAAAAAGUUCUGGGAAAGUCUCCUACUUUCUCGCCCUGUUUCCAUACGUUGUUAUGGGUGCGCUUUUAAUACGAGCAGUAACAUUAGAGGGCUCCACUGAGGGAAUGUUGUAUUUUGUAACACCUCAAUGGAGUAAAUUGGCGAGGGCAGAGGUUUGGUACGCUGCCGUUACCCAAUGUUUUUUCUCACUGAACGUCGGACUUGGAAGCAUUAUCAUGUACUCGUCUUACAACAGUUUCGACCACAACAUCAACAGAGAUGCAUUGGUCGUAACGACAUUGGAUACCUUUACUUCUCUUUUGGCGGGUACGACAAUCUUCGGCAUCUUGGGCAACUUGGCACAUGAACUAAACGUGCCGGUUGAGGACGUUGUUAAAUCGGGAGGCACGGGUUUGGCAUUCAUUUCCUAUCCUGAUGCAAUUGCAAAAUUUCAAAGCGUUCCCUGGCUUUUUGCAAUUCUCUUCUUCAUUAUGCUUUUCGUCUUGGGAAUUGGAAGCUUGGUAGCACUUCACGGAUGCGCAAACACAAUGAUCAUGGACAAUUUCCCUACAAUUAAACCUUGGAAGGUUUCGGCGGCGACAGCGCUAUUUGGAUUUCUGGUCGGAUUGGUGUACAUCACGCCGGGUGGACAGUUCAUUUUAACUGUGGUGGAUUUCUUCGGCGGAAACAUGGUAAUCUUCGUCUUUGCCAUUAUUGAGAUAGUUACUCUUAUGUGGUGUUACGGUUCUGAAAACUUUUGCAACGACCUCGAGUUUAUGACUAAACAAAAGGUGGGAAUUUACUGGAGAAUUACGUGGACCAUCAUUACGCCAUUGUUUCUCAUAAUCGUUUUCAUCUACUCCCUCGCCACUCUGACGCGAUUAGAUUAUGGGUCGUACGAAAUAUCCGAUUUGGCUUUGGGACUUGGAUGGGCCAUUGUUUGCGUAAGCGUGAUGAUAUUUGCCUCGUUCUUUGGUGUGAGUUUUUACAAGAAUAGAAAAUUUGGGUUUCCUGCCAUGAUAUGGGAGACUUUCAAUACAACGAACUGGGGACCAGAAAAUCACAGCGUGCGCUUGGCUUGGAAAGAGGAGAAGCUUAGAAAAUCCGCGGAAGUCGCAUCUAGUGGAAAAAUAUGGAUAACACGCAAGCUUAAUUUUUUAAUUGGAAGAUGAUAUUUAUUUAUCGUGCUUGGGCACAGUCCGUUUUUACUAUUUUUUGGCUCGAUUUAAUGUGUAAUUUGGUGUAUGUAACUUAUGUUAAAUUGUAUUUUAAAGAGACUUUCAUGGGCACACGCCCCACGACAAUUCCAAGUGCUUAAACUAUCGAAAAAUAUGUAAUUUUACCAAAAGUGUCGUAGCCUACAGUAAUUUGAUUUGUGAAUUUCUGGCAAGAAUUGCGGUUGUUUGUGUAAAUGGACAAUUUAUGGCGUGACAAAUGUGCAUUAAUUAAAAAUGUAGCUUUCAAUUCGCGUCACUACUCUGUUUAAGCUUGUACAAAAACCUUCGGCCAAUAUUUAUUUUGAAUAAACGUGUUAUUUUUAA